CAAACUAUUCUAUUCUCUCUGCACUUAAAUCUAUCCAAACGCGGUCUAAUCUCUCCAAACCCUAAUUUUCCAAUCAGGUCUGAGCAUCCAAGUUUGGUGAUUUGAGCACGGUUGUUGUCUUUUAUUCUCAACAAAGUUUCAUGUCUGAGCUCGACCUCCAAGUUCCCGCUGCUUUUGAUCCCUUUGCUGAGGCAAAUGCUGACAAUUCUGGAGCUGGGACAAAAGAUUAUGUACACAUUCGCAUACAACAAAGGAAUGGUCGUAAAAGCCUGACAACUGUGCAAGGAUUGAAGAAAGAAUUCAGCUACAAUAAAAUACUGAAGGACCUAAAGAAAGAGUUUUGCUGCAAUGGUACUGUUGUCCAGGAUCCAGAACUAGGCCAGGUUAUUCAACUCCAGGGUGAUCAGAGGAAGAACGUUUCGACAUUUCUUGUCCAGGCUGCAAUUGUGAAGAAAGAACACAUCAAAAUUCAUGGUUUUUGAUUGCCAUUAUCAUUAAUCAUCGCCCAGCUCUUAAAUUUGUUGUGUCGGAGCGGGAAAUGUUAUGCAAAUUCAGUUACAAUAAAGUUUACUAGUGCUUUAUCCCCUCAAAAAGGUAAAAAAGAGACCUUCUAGUGUUAGUUUUCUGCUGGUUUGAUAUUAAAAUACUUUGUUGCCCGCAGACACUCUGCUAGUGUUAUGGGUGAUUUAUAUUUUCCAGAACAAUCGUUGUAUGUGCUAAUAGAGUUACGGGUUUAUCA